AUGCUGCUGUGCGGCCGGAGCGUCGGGCGACGGACGUCCGCGGCAGCCGGAGCGGUGGCCGCGGCGCAGCUGGCGGUGGAUUUAAUUAGAGCCGCCGCUGCUGCCGCUGCUGCCGCUGCUGCCGCUGCUGCUGUUGCCGCUGCCGCUGCGACUGACACGCGGUCGCUGCAGCAGACCUUGCGGAGAGCACUGCUCGCACCGGAGGUGAGGGGCGAAUCUUUGAGUGAGGAGGCAGCGCUCGCCCGGCUGAUGGGAGAGGCCGCGGAGGCCCACCCAGCCACUGUCAGCCCUGCCGCUGCUGCCGCCGGGCGACCCUUUUGUCUGGCGACGGCGCGCCUGCCCCUGACGACGGCACAAACUGCCGGGAUAUUCCCCCUUCUCCCUUCGCCCUCGCCAUCCAGUGGCAAGAAGCCCUGGACGCGGGCGGCGGGAGUGGGUGGAGGUGUGAGGCGGACAGGACGGCCCGGAGUGGCGGCGCGAGCUAAUUCGCGAGAUGCAGUGCGCGCCUCACUCCACCCAUCCUACCCACCCGUCGCUCCGGAGAUAGACUUGCCAGCGCAGGUGGCAGCUACUGCCGUGUCACGGCAGCUGUCGCGCCCUCCUGCCGCUAGAUAUGGAAUCACCCGGCCUGUUCUCGCCGCUACCCAGUCAGCGUAA